AUGACAAGUGGAGCCGACUUGGUCCACUAUGGCAUCAUUCACGUCCCAGUAGCGGCGUAUAAAAAAGAUAAUGACAUGGAAAACUAUGUCCGGCUGAUGAUGAAAAGGUUGGAACGAGGUUUGUACCACACAGUACAUCAAGGACUGAGGAGAGUCGUCAUCAGCACCUGUGGUCUGAGGUCAGGAGAUCUCCCAUGGGACAUGGCAGAGAAGGUGGCCGUGAGAGGCUCRGCAUGYUUUGCUCAGAACCUCAACGUAGCCACAGACUUAAAGGAAAUUGUUGUGGUCACGGCAGAAAGAUUGAAAAGUGAAAGGCUGAAUCUGGCCAUGCCACUGAUACCCUUAAAAACUGAUCCCCCAAAAGCAGAAGGUAAGAAGGCCCCCAUUAAACACCCCCCACCCAGAAGGACUGAACGAGGUCCAGAAGCCCCAGUUGCAGGAGGUGACAGAGCACUGGAAGGACCUGUGUGCAGCACACAAAACAAAAGAACGCAGAGAAACAAAAAUUGGUCGGAGGAAGAAAGACAGGACCUGAUUCAACACUUUAAAAGAUGUGGCGACAGCUGCGGUAAUGAGAGCUCUGAUGAGGAAGAGCCUGAGAACCCCCCCCAGCUCAUGGAGCGCCCACAAACCCCACUACCUCACGAAACUUCAGAGGAUGAAAACGACGAGUCUAGCAUGGGAUCUGCAGCAGCACAAGGUCUAGGCACCCCUAAACAACUGAGGAUCGGACAAAGAAAAGGGGAAAAAAGGCAGGUAGAACUGGUGGACGUCCUCCGGGUGUCUGAGAGACUGGCACGAGAGCCCCGGUGGGGACCGAUCCAGACCAGUGAUGGAAGAAAGACCUAUGUGCCUGAAGCAGACCAAAGAGAUUUCCCAAUACCCACGGUGUGGGCUGAAAAGACAGAAGAACAGCUGGAAAUAAARGUAAGAGCCAAGGUGGGGGAAUGGGCCAACAUAAUAAUGAUGCCGUCUUAUCCCACUGUAGCUGCACAUACACGGUUGACAGCCAAUUUCAGACAAGCAUAUGUGGCUAUUGCCCAUGAUGUAAUGCUGAAAAAAAUGAAGAAAGCAGCCAAUAAGUUUGUGAAAAACAUGGCACGACAAGAAGAAGACGGGAUGCUCUCAGAUGAGCCAGCACAGCCUGUAAGUGCCCUAGGUCAAAGGGCCUCAGCAGGUGUGAUGGAAUGGAAAUCUAUUAAAGAAGUGGAUACCAACGCAGAUGAGUUUCGUGAGUAUAAAAAAAUAAAGACUCUGUUGAGAGAGCCAAAUGCUGGUGAAGGGAGAGAGAGCUAUCUGAAAGACGUUUGGCCCCUAGUGGUGAACUCCACUACAUGUGAGGCUGUAAAACGCCUGUGGCUGAGUCACGUUACUGGCCAUCCCAUCGAUAAAAAAGACUCAGCCCAAGACUACUAUGAGAAAUUUGUGCCUGAAGAUGAAAAUGAUGAAGAUGCUCACAUUGAUAGAGCUCGAUCCAGGCUGGAGCAAGGACAAAAAUUAACCCCCAUCUGGCAUCAACUGAAACAGAACGUUGCUCCCACCAGGUAUGUAAAAGCCCUCAGGAUGGUGACAAAAGGGCG